UCGGGCGGAAGUCGGGAUGUUAGGUGGUCUGAAGACGCUAGCUUGUGACAGGGAGGGGGAGAAGGAAGGCCUGCGUAAACUGUGCCUCUCGGUCCCUACGCUCCCGGGGACCCUUGGAAAAAUCACAACACCCCGGCCCCCGCAGCUAGCUCCUUCCCUCAGGCUCUCUCCGCUCGAUUUCGCCACCGUUAUGUGGGAAGCGAAUCCAGAGAUGUUUCACAAAGCAGAAGAAUUCUUAUCCAAAACGACGGAUAGUGAAAUGGAUGACAUGGACACAUCAGAUACCCAGUGGGGCUGGUUUUACCUGGCAGAAUGUGGGAAGUGGCAUAUGUUUCAGCCAGAUACCAAUAUUCAAUGUUCAGUUAGUAGUGAAGAUAUCGAAAAGAGCUUCAGAACAAACCCUUGUGGCUCCAUUUCUUUUACUACUUCCAAAUUCAGCUACAAGAUAGACUUCGCAGAAAUGAAGCAAAUGAAUCUCACCACUGGAAAGCAGCGCUUAAUAAAAAGGGCUCCUUUUUCUAUCAGUGCUUUCAGUUAUAUCUGUGAAAAUGAGGCUAUCCCUAUGCCACCACACUGGGAGAAUGUGAAUACUGAAGUACCAUAUCAGCUUAUUUCUCUGCACAAUCAAACACAUGAAUAUAAUGAAGUUGCCAGUCUCUUUGGGAAAACAAUGGAUCGUAACCGAAUUAAAAGAAUUCAGAGAAUUCAAAAUUUAGAUCUAUGGGAAUUCUUUUGCAGGUAAGAUGAUCUCUGAUCUGAACCUUCCUAUCUGUAAAACUUAUAUAGUCUUAGAGAUAGUUAAACAUCAGUGUUUAAUUGUAUUAAUUUUUACUGAUGUCGACAUGCUGAUUUUAUUUUGGCACAUUUCUACCUGGCCUCUCAGUGCACUUCUUUAGCUUUCCUGGAGGAGUAAAAGAGAGCUACUCUUCAAGUGAAUCCCUGGCAUUAUAACGUGAAAAGCUUUCCCUGGGGGCUUAAAGAUGUGCAUCUUGACUGAAAUGGACAUUAUAAGUCUCAGGAGCUGCUCAACUUUGUUGAUGUGAUUUUGUUUGGCUCAGCUUUUUAUGUCAAAUUAGAAACAUUGUUGACUUUUUUUUUUUUUAAUAAUUACACUUACACUAUAUUUUUGUGGGGAUGGGGGCACCAGGGAUUGAACUCAGGGGCACUUGACCUCUGAGCCACAUCCCCAGCCCUAUUUUAUAUUUUAUUUAGAGACAGGGUCUCACUGAUUUGCUUGCACCUUGCUUUUGCUGAGGCUGGCUCGUGAUCCUUCUGCCCCAGCCUUCUGAGCCACUAGGAUUACAGGCCUUUGCCACCGUGCCCAGCUACUUACACUACACUGUCUUACACAAAACUAGUCAUUUGCUUGUUUUGAUUUAAACAACAAUCUAAAACAUACCUUCAAAGUUCUUACUUAGCUUAGAGUUUAUGUAGGUUUAAAAUUUCAAUUUAAUUUUAGAUUUAAGUUAAAAAUGACCUCUUAGAUUGCUCAUUGUGCACAAAACCUAAAAAUAAAUCUCAUUACAGAAAACUUGGAGGUAUUGUUCAGAUUAACCUGUUGUGCUAUAUUUUUAUAACAAAUGUUACUUAAAGUAAGUGGCUCUCUGAAAUAUUUUAGUUAACAUUUGUAGAUGAGAUUGGCUUCUAAUAUUUUUACUCUGACUUUGAAUUUUUUUUCAGAAAAAUUUCAAACAAAAAAGUAGGGAGUCUAAUAUAAGGAAACCCAUGUGCUCAUCAUCCUGCUUCAAUAUUUAUCAAGAUUUACCUCACAUAGUCUAUCUCCUUUUUGUUAUUGUUGUUGGUGAAGUAUUUCAAAGUAAAUCCCAGACUGUAACUCAUUUCAUUUCCAUAUACUGGACAUUUAAACGACUUUUGUUUGGUAAUGGUACAUGGAAUUCUUUCUUGGUUCUAACUGAUUAGUUAAAUGUGGCCCAAGUACAUUCCAGAUAUAAUUCUCAUAGUUGUUUAUAGUAAAAUAAGCUGUGUUCAGCUUGUGUUUUUAUAGUUUUGACUCUUUGUACCAAACCAUCUUUUAUUUCUGACAAUAACUGUGUCUGACUUUGGAACAUUUUUUUGGUUCUUGUUUGGAGGAAGAUAGAAAAAAGCCUUUGCCCCCUUUGAUUUUAUUACCUCAGUGACUGUUUUUCUGAAAUGGGUUGUUGAAAACUUGAUUUUUAAUUUUUAAUCAGAUCUCUGAAGUAGAGCUCAUAUUGAUCUCCAUAAUUUGAGUUCCAAAUAAAACCUACUGUAAAAAACCAUCCCAUUGGGGAUAUGGCGCAAGCGGUAGCGUGCUCGCCUGGCAUGCGUGCGGCCCAGGUUCAAUCCUCAGCACCACAUACAAACAAAAGAUGUUGUGUCCGCCAAAAGCUAAAAAAUAAAUAUUAAAAAUUCUCUCUCUCUCUCUCUUCUCUCUCUCUCUCUCUCUCUUUAAAAAACAAAACAAAAAACCAAACAAACCAUCCCACUGAAUCCCUAAAACAUUUGAUACUAAGAAUUUCACUGCAAACAGUCUUAUGUGGAGAUGCCAUGAUUUUUUUGUAUUGUCAGCCUAUAGAAAUCUGUGAUGUAAGUGAACUUGUCACCUGCUGUAGUAUUGCAAAAAUACUUAGAUCUCAUUGCAGGGGCAGCCUGUCAUUCUGACAUCUCCCUGUAAAACUAAAAUAACUUAGUCAAUCUCAUUAUCACAUAACCUAUGACUCACCAUAUAGACAGUCAGGCCCACAAGAGUCCAUCAGGGAUCAGUUUAUAUGUCACUUGGGCCUUUCUUACUUCCCUCCCUUCUUUCGACAAAUAUGUUUUUAGCACCUGAUUUGUGACAAGCACUAUUCUUGGUACUUGAGAUAUAAUGAUGUACGGAACUAUAGAUUAGAUGAAAAGGCAGGCCUCGGCUACCCAGAAAUAUAGGGAUGAGCACAGGUCAUCAUGGGAGCACAAAGUGAGGGUUUCUAUCCACCCUUGCUGACAAAAGUAGGGUGUGGAUUAUGGAAUGGGGUAUAUUAGAUAACACCUCCUAAGGCAGGUGUCAAUUAAGCUAGACACAGGUAGAAUAGAGAAAGGACAUCCUAGGCUUUGGGAACAGCAUGGGCCAAAGUCUGGAUAUAAGAAAGAAUAUAGAAAGUUGAGAGAAUUUCAGAUUGAAUAGAAAAUUACCAUGAAUGGUGAGACAGGAGGCUAAAAAAGUAGUCAAUAGGGAGAGCUUGCGGGAGUUUAUAUCAGAACCACUGGGUGGUUGUAUAAUUUUUUUCAGUAACCUUAGCUGAAAUCAAUUGAUCCAGAGAGUUUGCAGGUGCCAGACUUUAUAAGGGCUUUAUAAGCUAAACUAAAAGAUUUUCUUUCUCUGGAAUGGUAGAAAAUCCUUGUAAGACUUUAAGCAAGAGGGUGAUGGAUCUGAAUUUUAGAAAAAUAAUUCAUCAAGCCAUACUGUGGGGAAUGUUUUGAAGCAGUGGUUCUCAACUGGAGUGAUUUUGCCUAUCAGGAAACAUUUAAUAAUGACUGGAGAAAUUUUUGAUUGUCACAUGGUGGGUUGGAAAGUGCUAAUGUCAUCCAUUAGAUAGAGACCAGGGAUACUAAACAUCCUACAAUAUAUAGGACUGCCACAACAAAGAGUUAUCCAACCCCAAAUAAUAAUAACAUCAAGGCUGAGAAACUCUUAUUUAAAGGAAUCACAGUUUGAAGCAUGGUGAUCAAGUUAGAAAAUUAUUUCAGUAAUUAAACUGAGACACAGUGGGUGGCCUAAACCAAAGUGAUAUCUGUUGUAUACAGGCAAA